AUGACCGAGGGAGAUCCUAUAGAAAGACAACUCAAUUUGGCUUAUAUAUCGGUAAUCCCUAAGCCGGAAAAGGAUCAUAGCCUGGUGGAGAACUAUAGACCGAUAUCUCUUAUCAAUAACGAUCUUAAGAUACUUACUAAAAUAAUGGCCAAUAGGUUAUCUUCUUUCAUUUGUCAAUAUGUUAGUAGAGAUCAAGUUGGCUUCAUUACUGGGAGGCGAGGUCCGGAACAGGUUAGGAGAGCUAUUGAUCUGAUUUCUAUACUGAACUCAGGAUGGUCUGGUGAUACUGGUCAGAAGGGUAUGCUUCUUUCCAUAGAUCUUCAGAAAGCAUUUGACUCAGUGUCUUGGCCUUUUAUGUUCAAGGUGAUGAACCAUUGGGGGUUUGGCGCUAAAUUUCUGGGUAUCCUGUCUGCACUUUACUAUUCCCCUGAAGCUAAAGUACGCUUUCAAGGUCUUGCUGUAAACAUAGCCAAAUCCAGGGCCCUCAAUGUUUCACUUACUGAGUCCACUGUUUCUCUACUGAAAGAACGUUAUAGAUUCAAAUGUGACGCCUCUUAUAUUAAAUACCUAGGCAUUAAUUUGACCCCCAAUAUUCAGAAUUUAUAUCUAGCCAACUAUCCCCCUAUGUAUAGAAAACUUGAGAAGGAUCUGAAAGACUGGGGUACUCAGAAUAUAGAUGGUGCAUAUCAAUUUAUACAGGACAUUAAUGCUUCAGUCAGACAUUGGAGUGUGAUCAUUCUUGUCCCAUCAUUCUACACUGUUGUGUUCCUCGUGGCUCUUCCUCUCAAUAUCAUGGCGAUCGUCAUGUUCCUGGUGAAGAUGAAGGUCGGGAAGCCGGCAGUGGUCUACAUGCUGAACCUCGCCAUAGCAGAUACCUUGCUUGUUAUCAUUCUGCCUUUUUAUAUUGUCUACAGAUUCUUGGGAAAUGACUGGAUCUUCGGGGAAGGAAUGUGUCGCUUUGUCACGUCAGCAUAUUACUGUAACAUGUACUGCUCCGUCCUGCUCAUGACAAGUAUCAGUGUGGACCGUUUCCUGGCCGUAGUCUACCCGGUGCGGUCUCUCCCCUGGCGCACAGUGACCCGAGCAUGGCUGGUGUGUGGUGCCAUCUGGGUCAUCUCAUUGGCCAGCAUUGUGCCUCUUCUCAUAAGAAAACAAACCUGGGGAUUUUAUAACAUAGAUAUCAUAUUUUGUCAUGAUAUUCAAUACAUUAGGUCUGAUCCGGAUUUCUAUUUUGAUUAUUUGAUCACUGUUAUCUCACUUUUCUUUUUCUUACCAUUAUUCAUCACAACUUUCUGUUACAUUGGAAUCAUCCGCAGUCUCAGCAGAUCACAAUUUGAUCGCAAUCAUAAGAGAUCCCGAGCUAUCCGUCUAUCCGUGAUUGUACUGAGUGUGUUUGUCCUUUGUUUUGGCCCCUCCAAUGUUAUCUUUUUAAUGCAUUCUGUGCAGUUGUAUAAGGAUUAUGAUGACUCUCUGUAUGUUCCCUACUUUGUCUCUUCCGGGAUCAGCACCAUCAACUGUUGUCUGGAUCCUCUUAUCUAUUAUUUUGCAUCCUCUGAGUAUAAGAGAUACAUCUACAGCUUUCUGCGCUGUAAGAAAGAUUAUCACCCUCCAGUAAAAUAGAAGUCUAUCCUUAACCCCUUGUCUACAGGGAAAUAUUACCCCCUUCCUGUCCAGGCCAA